UCCUUAUAUGCUUUAUUGCUAGGCGUAUCCUACUGUACACGGGCCAGGACGCUCAGGUUUAGCAUACAUUGUGUUCUGAUUUCUUGGAACGAUUUUGUAACUGCAUUCAUUCUCUCUCUCUCUCUCUCUCUCUCUCUCUCUCUCUCUCUCUCUCUCUCUCUCUCUCUCUCUCUGCUUCAACAGUUGCAUUGUGCUGGCAACCUGUAGCUCACAGGUGCGGCCAAGGUAGCCUCAUCGGAGCCUGAGGGUGCACAGGACUGGGAAUAGGGGUGGUGGACGACCUGGGAAUCCCUGACAUGAGAGCGCUGUAGGCACAGAGACGCACCAACUUUCCGGGUUAUGUGACUGUGGAUCUCUGCGCUCGGCAUCUGUAACCUGGAGACUUCCCAUGCCUGCAGCCGGGUGGGACCAAGCACACCAGUCCUCGUGCUCCAGGAUACGAACGUCUAUCUGUUGCUGGGAUUGUCUGUCACUUUACAGAUAAGGUCCUCUUCUCUUCAUUUCCUCCCUCUUUUCACUGAGGAGUCCAACCAUCCUCAAGCACCAAGAUCUCUUUAACUUUCUGGAAAACUUUCAGAAGCCCCAGGCUUGCUCCGCCCUCAAGGCCAAGAGUGCGCAGUAGUCCUUGGCCCUGGGGCUUAAUGGGGACGCCAGAGGGCGGGCUCAGAAUAGGUCACACGUGGAGGUGUAAGAUUUACAGUCUGGGGGCGGGGUCAGAAUGGACCUAGAAAGCGGAGGUGGACCCUGAAGGGCGGUCAAGGGGACCCGGCGGUUUGGAGCAUUCGUAGUAGCGGUCCUUGAGUAAAGGAUUUGAAGCAAGCCGGGCAGAUCCAGAUCAACAAAGGAUGGUCCAGGAUCUCUAGGGCUCCUAAUGAACUCAGAGGGGAGAGAGGGGCUAAGAAGACUGGUUUCAGAGCAAAGUAAAGGGACCUAGAGGUGUGGAUCCAGGAGCACCAAUGAACUUGGAGAAUGAACUUGGGAAGGGCGGGCGCCAGGAGGUGGAGCCAGGGAGACUUGGAGGGAGGACCGAAUCUCUCGGGAAAGCAAAAUUACAGGGGUAGAAACGCCAGCAUGGCGGAAUGGGUUUGCUGGGGGCGUGUCGGGGCCAGGAGACUCAGGUUCAGGUUAGACUCAGACGCGAGCUCCAGGGGUUAAAGAACCUGGAGGGCGGGACCAGCACUAGGGCGGGACUAAUGGAAGGUGGAACCCAGGGAUAACGAACCCAGCGGGGCCAGGGCUAGUGCCAAGGGGAAGGGACCUGGAGGGCGGAGUGGCCAAGGAGGAGGGGCUGGGCGUGGGGGCGACUGCAGGGGAGCGCGCGUAAGUCCAAGCAGGUCCAGCACCACCACCGGUCGUCUGCGCUAGCGGCCGCGGGGAAGAACUAGCCAAACUGGAGGCAGAGCAGAGGCCGGAGCCCCCGGGCAGUGGUCGUAACCUCUGUAGUCCCGCUCCAGCCCUGCACCCUUCCCUGUUAGCUUGGACCGAUGAUACACGUCGCUGGAGACCCGGGAAGCUGAGGUUGUGGCUGUCGCACUCGGUCCACUAGCGACCUCUCAAAUCGCCCCUAUGGCGCUGCCUGUAGCCGAGGGCACGGCUGGCACCUCGCUGUCCCCGGUCCGGGACGACUCGGGGAGCUCCUCCUCCGGGAUGUGGGCCGCGCUUUAUGAUUACGAAGCGCGCGGUGAGGACGAGCUGAGCCUGAAGCGCGGUCAGCUGGUGGAGGUACUGUCCCAGGACGCCGCGGUGUCAGGAGACGAAGGCUGGUGGGCCGGCCAAGUGCAGCGGCGCCUGGGCAUCUUCCCGGCCAGCUACGUGGCGCCGUGUAGCUCGGUGUCGCCACCCUCGCCACCCCCACCGCGACCCUGCUCGCCUGUGCACGUAGACUUCGAGCGCCUGGAGCUCAAGGAGCUGAUCGGCGCCGGCGGCUUCGGACAGGUGUAUCGCGCCACCUGGCAGGGCCAGGAGGUGGCGGUGAAGGCGGCGCGCCGGGACCCGGAGCAAGACGCCGCGGCGGCGGCCGAGAGCGUACGGCGCGAGGCGCGGCUCUUCGCUAUGCUGCGGCACCCCAACAUCAUCCAGCUGCGGGGCGUGUGCCUGCAGCAGCCGCACCUCUGCCUAGUGCUGGAGUUCGCGCGCGGCGGGGCGCUCAACCGUGCGCUGGCGGCCGCCGCACCGGAUCCCCGAGUCCCCGGCCCUCGCCGCGCGCGCCGCAUCCCGCCGCACGUUCUAGUCAACUGGGCCGUGCAGAUCGCCCGCGGCAUGCUGUACCUGCACGAGGAGGCGGUAGUGCCCAUCCUGCACCGUGACCUCAAGUCCAGCAACAUUUUGCUGCUGGAGAAGAUAGAGCACGAUGACAUUUGCAACAAGACCCUGAAGAUCACGGACUUCGGGUUGGCGAGGGAAUGGCACAGGACCACCAGGAUGAGCGCAGCAGGAACCUACGCCUGGAUGGCUCCUGAGGUCAUCAGGUCCUCCCUGUUCUCCAAGGGCAGCGACAUCUGGAGCUAUGGAGUGCUGUUGUGGGAGCUGCUCACGGGUGAGGUCCCAUACCGGGGCAUCGAUGGACUGGCUGUGGCAUACGGGGUGGCCGUCAACAAGCUCACGCUGCCCAUUCCCUCCACCUGCCCUGAACCAUUUGCAAAACUCAUGAAAGAGUGCUGGGAACAAGACCCUCAUAUCCGCCCCUCGUUUGCCUUGAUUCUUAAACAGCUGACUGCGAUCGAAGAGGCAGUGCUGACCGACUUGCCCCAGGAGUCCUUCCAUUCCAUGCAGGAAGACUGGAAACUGGAGAUUCAGCAAAUGUUCAGUGAGCUUCGAACCAAGGAGAAGGAGCUGCGUUCCCGAGAGGAAGAGCUAAGUCGAGCUGCCUUGCAACAGAAAUCGCAGGAACUGCUGCUCAGACGCCGGGAGCAGCAGCUCGCAGAGCGUGAGAUCGACGUGCUGGAGCGCGAGCUGAACGUGCUCAUCUUCCAACUGAGCCAGGAGGCGCCGCACGUGAAGAAGAGGAAGGGGAGGUUCAGGAGGGGCCGGCUCAGGCUCAAAGACGGCCACCGCAUCAGCCUGCCUUCAGAUUUCCAGCACAAGAUCACAGUGCAGGCUUCCCCAACCCUGGACAAGCGCCGGAGCUCAGACAGCGGACUGUGCAGCCCACCCGGCAGCCCCCUGAUGCUCCCCCGCCUCCGGGCGAUUCAGUUAACUUCAGAUGAGAACAAUAAAACCCGGGGAAGGAACGUGGUCUUCCGACAAGAAGACUUUGAAGUCGUGAAAAGGAAUUUCAAGAGAAAAGGUUGUACGUGGGGACCAAGCUCCAUCCAAACGAAGGGAAGACCAGAAGGGCGAGAGCGGGUCAGACCUCUCUCAGAUGGCAACAGCCCUUGGUCGUCUCUUUUAAUAAAAAGCCAGAAAACCACACCCUUGGCUUCACUGUUUGUGGACCAGCCAGGAUCCUGUGAAGAGCAGAAACUUGUCCCUGAUGGAUUAGAACAUAAAAAACCAAAGCAAACGAAGUCCCCUGGCCAGGCCUAUGUUGGUCUACCUCUUUGCAAAGACAGCCAGAGAGAAGACUCAUUAGAGGCUGAGAGUCGGGAGGAGGGACCCUCUAAAGGGUCCCCGGUGAACAGUGUGGGCGCACCCUUCCUGAAAAAGAAAACGGAGUCAGCUCUGUGUGAGUGUGGGGUGCUGCUGGCAUCAAUGGCUUUGGGACUAGAUGUCAGGAAACUACAUGGAGCCCAGGUCCCCACAAAACCAUCACCCAAGGAUGAAAAGAAGGGAGAGGGCGCUGUCCAACUGGUCUCCAGGUGCCAAACAAGUUCCAGUCCACUUCUGAGGCAGCCAUCUGCGGGCAGGGCACCCAGUGAUGGCUCCACUCUCCUGCUGAGUGCCACAAGUCUCCUCUCAAAGUCCUCUCUCUCCAUGAAGUGUUUGCUGCAGGCUGGCGAAGAGGAGGCACCAUUGGGGAACACUCAGGUCUCCUGUGGUCCCACAACGAUCACCCCAGAUCCUAGUUCUGCUGCGCCAGAGAGCACCCUAACCCCUGGACUGAGACUUAAGGCUGACUGUGGCGUGUUGAGAAGCGUCCCGCCUGCCAUCCUGGAGCAGACAGGGGAGAGACUGCCAGGCUGUUCCACUGCAGGGGACAAAGAAUGCCACCGUGUGCAGAUGGGAUCUAAUGAAAUUCCUCUCCGGCCCCAAAGUGCUCCUGGAGACUAUGGGCCACCACACUCUCCCUCCCCUGGACCUCAAACAGACCUGGCCAGCCAGGACUCUCCUGUGCAACCUCAAGUUGUUCUGGGCAAGUGCCAGGCAUGCCCUGCCCCGCCACAAAGGCCACAGACUGCUUCAUUGAGGACAACACCUCCAGCUGCCUGGGCCUGUGACAAGGACCAUGCGGUGCCAGCCUUUGCCUGUUUUCUUGGUGCUCAAGAGAGAAGCAGGUGCCAGGUUCUGGACACCAGCUUAGAAGGUCAAAACAAGGACCGUGCCAUGCCCUUGUGUCGAGUGAAGAGCGUGAUGUGUCAACCGUCCAUCUACGCCCUGGAGAAAGACUUUCUGACCUGAUGACCUCUGCCUUCCCGCCAUUAUCAUUUGAUGCGGUCACACGGAGGCACCGCGUGCCUUGUGCUAUGUUUCGGACGCGUGGCCUAUGAUGCUAGAGGCGGAUGCUGACACAGUGGCUUCAAAUACACAGAGGUCCGAAUGACUAUCCGCGGAGGUGGGGUCAUCCGAGCCAGUUUCUCUGCUUCAGUCUUUCCUGUGCCCUGCCCGUGAGCGGGCACGCACACGGCAAAACUGCAGUGACUGGUCUUUUCUUCCUGCCUUCAUCUUUUCUCUCUUUUUCUUGUCCUUUUGGGGUUUUAUUUGUUGUCUGCUUUUACACAGCAGAAAGCCAAGACAUAGCUACUCACUUCUCAGCUGUAACAAUGUGAUGAUAAAAGCAAGCGUUUAUUUACGGAGGGGGGCGGGAAAGGUCCUACUGUCUGGGGGUAAUGCAGAGUCCUAUUUAAACUGCCCAGAGGAAAUAGUAGCCUUGUAAUGUGGAAGUGUAUCCAGUUGACUCCUGAGGUACACAAGGAUAGCCCUCUUCCAGGAGGAUAUAACCUAUAAACGCUUUAUUGAGGCUCGAAGAGAUGGCUCAACACUGACGCAUGCAUCUAGCUCUUUUGGAGGACCCAGGUUCAAUUCCUGGCACCCAUGUCAGACGGCACACACACACACACACACACACACACACACACACACACACACACACACACAAACUUAAAAGUUGAAAUAUUUUAAAGGUUUUAUUGAAUGUAACUAUAUUGUCAUUUUUUGUAUCAGGCAACCAAAAUGCCCUAGAACAACUUAAAGGGAGGAACUAUUUACUUUGCUCGUGGUUUCAGAGGGAUCAGUGCAACCGUGGGAAGGGCCUGUUGGGGUGUCUUCUCAUCAUGGUGGGCAGGAAGCGGGAGAAAAGAAGAAAUUAGGGCAAGCUACAGCCCCGGGGCACAUCCUCACUGAACUUGUUCUCCUGUUUCUAUAACCUCCCAAAGCAGCACUCCUAUGUGAAGACCAAACAAAUAGAGCCCGGAUGUCUCAGAUUCAGACCUUAGCAGUAACUGCUGAGCAUCACUGAUACCAGGCACUAAUAGUUGGCACCCUGCACAAGGCCGCUUUACUGGUUUCCCUGCAGAAAUGGCUCAGUAGUAGCCAGAAGUGGGGAGUUUCUUCAUGUUCUAGAAGCCUUUAAACAUUUAAUGAUCCAUGGCCAGCUAUCUUUGAAGAGCCCACGCACCAUGAACAUACAUGUUGUGUGGUCUUAUCUCUCCCUGAACCAGCAGUUUUGCCAACACUAACAAUACUACCUGUGCAAGAGACAGCAGGACCAUCAGGGUUUCCAGUCAGCUUUUCACACUCCAUCUAACCCUGAGCCAGCGGGGUCAUCUGUGGGGGUGAGUGGGCAUGGCGGGAAGACGCAGGUGACUUCUGGAAGUGACUUUGGAUAGCAGAUGGGAUUGGAACCAACUUAAAGCUAUUCGUGAAUCACUUCCAUAACUUCACAGAGAGGGCGCCGUAUCGCUGGGACUGGGUGACUCUUCAGGAGCUCAGUGUCCUUGUCUGGGCUUCUUGAGUACUGUGAUCCCCUUCUGUCACCAGAAUGUAGUUAUCUGUGAGGCAGAUAGUAAAUACUUAAAGUCCCAGACAGUAGGAAACUAAAUUACCAGUAGCCCUUCAUGUUUUAGUUAACAUUGUAUCUUGGUUGACCGAUAAUAGCGGAAGUUCAAAGGGGAUUCAAUCAGGUAUGAUGACAUCUAAGUCACUUACAGGUUUGUCUGCGGGUGACCUGAGAGGAGGACCUUACUGCCUGCUCUAGGCAGGUUUCAGACGCUUGGAGCAAAACCUCAGGCUUUCACCAGACUUCCUGUGUUGUUUCCAGUCUGCGAUUCUGCCUCACUUCAGUAGCCAUUAAGUGGUGUGACAGGGAUAUAGUUUGCUCAACAUUGGUCACAUCGGACAGACUGCUUGGCCUCUUCUUUCCAAGAGAAGCUAAAAGUAAAGGGCAUGACCCAAAUACCCUGUGCACGGAAGGAACAUAUACUGUGUUCAGUUUUGCUUCUGUCGCACUCUGGUGGAAUGUGUGCAUGACAGAGAUGGUGAAAUCAGACGUGUCUGUCUAUCCGUCAUGUCCUCUCUCGCUCUGUGUCCCAGCCUCCCUUCUCUUCGUUUUGCCAAACUGUGAUAAAUUUAGAAAGGAAGCCAUGCUACAAUGAUAACUACACCAGAAGGAGCCAAUCUUACCCACGGCUGCUGCAGGUCUUCAUGAAGGUUUUCACUGAGACCCCAGAUUUUCUGUGUGUGCUAACACACCUAGCAGAACCUGAAUAUUCAUUUUCUGUAGACCCGGUUCCUGUGUAAUCCAUACUCUGCUUUUUCUGCCCACCGCAGAGACUAGCAGCUGGAGCCCGGAUGGAUGUGCUAUACUCAGAAGCCUGUGGCUGACAAAAAUGUUUACGUAUGUUGUCUAGCUUUUUAAUAAACUUUUUAAAAACA